CUUGUCUUUCCUUCCGGUGGAGUCCCUUCCCUCUUGCUGCUCAGCUGGGCAUUGGAAGCUUCCUUCCUCGUGGGAAUAUGUCUCUUCACUGCCUGAAUUGCCUGUAUUGAGUCGUUUCAUUGGAUAAGGAAAGAACAGCAGCCCUUUGCUCCUGCACAUUCAGAGCAAGGUCAUCCGACUCUUACGUUCAAGGAGCACUAGUGACUUUUAGUUCUAGAACUGGUUUGGUUUGAAGAGAGGAAGGGGAUGGAGGAGCUGAAUCCCACAAGUCUGCAGCUGGAGCAAGGAAUGCAAAGAGAAGGAGGGAAAGCUGGAAGCAGGAUUCAGUCCAAAUAUGUGCCUAACGGGCCAAUGUGGAAAGCGGUGGAAGAAUGUAAUGAGCUUCCAGGUCAACGGAUGCAGCUCUGGGAAACCCAAUGGCAGGAGUUCCUGAAGACCCUCCAGUCACCUUCCUCAGCAUGGGGAAACCUUCCAUCAGCCGAGCAAACGCCGUGGGACGAGGCCAAGGCCUUCCUGGCCUCCUUUGAGCAAGUGGCCAAAGCCUGUCGGUGGCCAAAGGAAGAGUGGGCGGCCCGACUGUUGCCCGCAUUGAGCGGAGAAGUAGAGCAGGCCUUUUGGAGCCUGGAAGCUGGAGACAGGAAUGAUUAUGAGAAAGUGAAGGCAGCCAUCUUGAGAGCGGAGGCCCUGAGAGUGGAGCUACAACGCCAGCACUUUCGGCAGUUCUGCUGCCAAGAGGUGGAGGAUCCACGAAGGGUUUACAGCCAAGUCCAGGAGCUUUGCAGUCGGUGGCUGAAGCCGGAGAGACGCAGCAAGGAGCAGAUCCUGGAGCUGCUGGUCCUGGAGCAAUUCCUGGCCAGUCUUCCCCAAGACCUGCAAGGAUGGCUCCGAGGCACAGGGCCGGAGACCUGUUCCCAGGCUGUGGCCCUGGCAGAGGACUUCCUCCUCAAGAGGCAGCAAGAGACCAAUUCAACCCAGUGGCAGGGACCAUCACUGGAUGUGCGUGUUGGGUCCCUGGAGGCGGAAGGGAAGUCGCUACAUGCUGCUCAGGGGCAGAUCUAUGAAGAAGCCAAGCCGGUGAAGGAGGCCGAGAUCCCUUUGCUAGGUGGUGGAAUCAAAGGCCCAAGUCCUUCCAUUUCAGUGUUUCCUCCUGAAGUACAAAUUAAGACAGAAGAUGGGCUGGAUGAGGGUCUCCUGGACUGCAGGGACUCAGGCGUCUCUUUGCAGAGGGUUGAGCAGACACUGUCCCACCCGGACCAACAGACCAUCAACUCGCAAGUCCUGCAGGAGAAUGGCGGAAAUGCCCAGCCGUUUGGUGAGGGGGAGGCAACUUCGCUUAGAGUGCAGGCGUCUCAGCAUGGAGGGGAUGAGCCGGAGCAGAGGCCCGAGGCAGUGCCACUCGUAAACCAAGAAGACGAACCGUUGACGUGUGAAGAAAGAAGUGAGACGUGUGAAGAAAGAAGAAACCAUCCCAUGACAAUGGAUCGUGUAGAGAAGAACGUUAAGAAAAGAAAAUAUCGUGAGGAUUAUUUACAGUAUGGUUUCACCUCAGUAAUUAUAGCAGGAGUCGAGAAACCGCAAUGUGUUAUUUGUUGUGAAAUUCUAGCAGCGGAAUCGAUGAAGCCCAACAAACUCAAACGCCAUUUUGAUUGCAAGCACCUCAGCUUUGCCGGCAAGGAUGCCAGCUAUUUCAGAAGCAAAGCUGAUGGACUCAAGAAAGCCAGAGUUGACACUGGUAGUGAGCGCCGCAAACAAAACGUAUCAGCCCUUGAAGCUUCAUAUUUGGUGGCGCUCAGAAUUGCCAGAUCUAUGAAACCUGACACCAUUGGUGAGGAUUUGCUGUGGCCAGUGGCCAAAGACAUUGUUCAAGUGAUGAUCGGAGAAGAAUUUGUUACGAAACUGAGUGCAGUUUCCUUAUCCAAUGACACUGUCCGCAGAAGAAUACAUGACAUGUCUGCUGAUAUUCUUGAUCAGGUAAUCCAGGAAAUUAAAUCUGCUCCACUUCCAAUAUUUAGUAUCCAGCUUGACGAAUCUACAGAUGUUGCAAACUGUUCACAGUUAAUGGUUUACGUGAGAUAUAUUCAUGAUGGCGACUUUAAAGACGAGUUUCUUUUCUGCAAAGCUCUUGAAAUGACAACGACUGCAUGUGAGGUAUUUGACACAGUUGAUUCGUUUCUGACAGAGCAAAACAUCUCUUGGGAAAAAGUUUGUGGUGUUUGCACAGAUGGUGCUCCAGCUAUGCUAGGAUGUCGAUCCGGAUUUCAACGUUUGGUACAGAACAAAUCACCAAAAGUCAUCGGAACUCACUGUAUGAUUCACCGGCAAAUAUUAACAACGAAGACGCUGCCGCAAGAGUUGCAAGAAGUAAUGAAAAGCAUCAUAGGUUCUGUCAAUUUCGUAAAGGCGAGCACGUUAAACAGUCAAUUGUUUUCACAACUGUGCAGCGACUUGGAUGCACCAAACAACGCUCUGCUAUUUCACACUGAAGUGAGAUGGAUGUCGACAGGGAAAGUUUUAAAACGUAUUUUUGAGCUUCACGACGAGCUCAAGACGUUUUUCCACCAGAAAGCAAAACCGCAAUAUGAAGCAAUUUUCAGCGAUAAGAGCGAACUGCAGAAAAUAGCUUACUUGGUUGACAUCUUUGCCAUCUUGAACGAGUUCAAUUUAUCGCUGCAAGGAGCAAAUUCAACGUGCCUCAAUUUGUCCGAAAAGGUCCGAUUGUUCCAAAAGAAACUUCAGCUUUGGCAAAAAAAAUUGGACGAAAGCAAAAUCUACAUGUUCCCUACCUUAUCUUCUUUCUUGGAGGAACACGACAUUGAACCGGACAAAAGUAUUGCGAUGAUAAAUUCGGUGAAAGAACACUUGGGCAUGCUUGCAGAUGAAAUUUCGUCAUACUUUCCGAAUUUAUUUGACGCCCCAUUUGCACUGGCCAGGAACCCAUUCACAGUCAAAGUUGAAGAUGUUCCUGAGGCAGCACAAAAGGAGUUCGUUGAACUUAUUAACAGCGCUGCAGCGCGAACUGAUUUCUCUACGAUGCCAGUUACAAAAUUCUGGAUCAAGUGUUUGCAGUCAUAUCCUGUUUUGUCCGAGACCGUGUUGCGCCUUCUUCUUCCAUUUCCAACAACCUAUCUGUGUGAAACCGGGUUUUCCAGCUUGUUGGUUAUCAGGUCUAAGUUCAGAGGUAGACUUGUUGUGGAAGAUUAUCUUCGUUGCGCUCUUGCAAAGACUGCCCCGAGAAUUUCUGAUCUGGUGAAAAAGAAGCAAUCUCAACCUUCACACUGACAUUGGCUUUUUACUGUUGCAAACUGUUGUAAAGUAGAUUACUGUUGUUAUAUUAAGACUAUUACCCAUGCUACACUGUGCUUUAAAACAGUGUUUUUUCAACCUGGGGGUCAGGACCCCUGGGAAGUCACAAGGGGGUGUCAGAGGGGUUGACAAAGACCAUCAGAAGCAUAGUAUUUUCUGUUGCUUAUAGGGUUUGACCCAAUUCUAUUGCUGGUGGAGUUCAGAAUGCUCUUUGAUUGUAAGUGAACUAUAAAUCCCAGCAACUACCAACUCCCAAAUGUCAAGAUUUAAUUUCCACAAACUCCACCAGUGUUCACAUUUGGGCAUAUUGAGUAUCUGCGCCAAGUUUGGACGAGAUCCAUCAUUGUUUAAGUCCAUAGUGCACUCUGGAUGUAGGUGAACUACAACUCCAAAACUCAAGGUCAAUGCCCACCAAACCCCUUCCAGUAUUUUCUGUUGGUCACGGGAGUUCUGUGUUCUAUGUUUGGUUCAAUUCCAUCAUUGGUGGAGUUCAGAAUGCUCUUUGAUUGUAGGUGAACUAUAAAUCCCAGCAACUACAACUCCCAAAUGUCAAGGUCUUAUUUUCCCCAAACCCCAUCUGUGUUCAUAUUUGGGCAUAUGGAAUAUUCGUGCCAAGUUUGGCCCAGAUCCAUCAUUAUUUGAGUCCACAGUGCUAUCUAGAUGUAGGUGAACUACAACUCCAAAACUCAAGGCCAAUGCCCACCAAACCCUUCCAGUAUUUUCUGUUGGUCAUGGGAGUUUGUGUUCCAUGUUUGGUUCAAUUGCAUCGUCGGUGGAGUUCAGAAUGCUCUUUGAUUUUGAGUUGACUAUAAAUCCCAACAACUACAACUCCCAAAUGACAAAAUCAACCCCCUCCACCAAUCCCGCUAGUAUUCAAAUUUGGGCAUAUUGGGUAUUUGAGCCAAAUUUGGUCCAGUGAAUGAAAAUACAUCCUGUAUAUACACGACAAUUCAUAACAGUAGCAAAAUUUCAGUUAUGAAGUUGGGAUGAAAAUAAUGUUAUGGUUGGGGGUUACCACCACAUGAGAACUGUAUUAAGGAGUUGCGGCAUUGGGAAGGUUGGGAACCACUGCUUUAAAACAAAUUUUCAUUUAUUUGUAAUUAGAAAUAAAUAUUUCACAAUCUAUAA